AUGGUUGGCAUGCAUGCAGAAAGAGAUGAUCGACGGGCAAAGGCAAACCUUUUGGAGGAGGCUCCAUCUCUUAACGGGUCUAAGCCCGAGCCCGCUAAGGAGGAGGAGGAGGAGGAGGAGUUUGACCCGAGUGCCCCGCCUCCGUUCCGGAUAUCCGAGAUCCGAGCCGCCAUACCAAAGCACUGCUGGGUCAAGGAUCCGUGGAAGUCCCUCAGCUAUGUGGGCAGGGACAUUACCGUCAUUCUAAUCUUGGGUGCGGUGGCUGCGUACGUCGACAGCUGGUACUUCUGGCCCAUCUAUUGGGCCGCCCAAGGCACCAUGUUUUGGGCCGUCUUUCUUCUCGGACAUGAUUGUGGGCAUGGAAGCUUUUCAAACAACACAUUUCUGAAUAAUGUGUUAGGGCACAUCGUGCAUACAUCAAUUCUUGUACCUUACCAUGGAUGGAGAAUCAGUCACAAAAAUCACCAUCAGAAUCAUGCAAACAUAGAAAAAGAUGAAUCAUGGGUGCCGGUCCCCAAAAAGGUAUAUGAGAAUUUGGACCCGUUCACUCGAUUUUUAAGAUUUACGACACCCUUCGCCCUCCUUGUGUUUCCAACCUAUCUGUGGUAUGGGGGUUUGGGUCACUCCCGAUCUCAUUUCAACCCUUAUAGCAAGUUGUUCAAGCCCAAUGAGCGAAAAGACGUCAUCGUUUCAACAACGUGUUGGACUGUGAUGGUGGCUCUGCUUGCGUGGGCUUCCUAUACGCUAGGUCUUGUCCAAGUAUUCAAGUUCUACGGUGUUCCUUACUUGGUUUCUGUGAUGUGGAUUGACCUUGUUACAUAUUUACAUCAUCAUGGUCACGAAGAUGGUAAACUUCCAUGGUAUCGGGACAAGGAAUGGAGCUAUACGAGGGGAGCUUUAACAACGACGGAUCAUGAUUAUGGAUGGAUUAAUGACAUUCAUCACAACAUAGGGACCCACGUCAUUCACCAUUUUUUCCCUCAAAUUCCACACUAUCAUUUGGUUGAAGCGACAAAGGCAGCUAAACCCGUGCUGGGAAAGUAUUACAGAGAGCCCAAGAAGUCAGGCCCAUUUCCGUUUCACCUAAUUGGGCUUUUGAGAAAGAGCCUCAAUCGAGACCACUUCGUCAGCGACACCGGCGACAUCUUGUACUAUCAAACCGAUCCUCACGUCCGCAAAUUCUUCCGGCCCAUCAAGCCCAAUUGACUCUCCCUCCUGAAAGUUUGACCAAAACGGGAGGCAUAAUUGGAAUAUUGUUUAACCACCUCUUUUUUUUUUUUUUUUUUUGGAAUUAGAAAAGAUCAUCCAAUUGUUCUCACGGUUGGAAUCAGACGGUGAUGAGGCAGGUAGCUUUAAGUCAAAACAUAGCAUAUGUUGUAUUGGAUCGCCCCCACCAAC